AUGGCUGACAAAGAUUUCAAGGUACAGAUUGAAAAGCUGAAGGGCGUCGAUGACUGGCCGUACUGGAGGUGGCAGAUGGGCCUGCUGCUUCGCUCUCAUGGCCUGGAAUGGGUCACAGAUGGUCAUGAGAUGCGUCCUACGUUCGAGAACAAGGACAAACCUACUGAGGUUGAGAAAGAAUACGUGUCGUACUGGAAGAAAGGAAGCGCUCGGGCCGCUAGUCUCAUUGGGGUCGCCUUGAGCAAACAAGUGUCUGAUCUCGUGCUCACGUGCGGAGAAGCCGACGAUAUCUGGAGCAAACUCUGCGCUCGCUUCGAAAGGAGUAGCGCCGCUCGGCUGAACAAUCUGAUCGAGAAUUUCUUCCAGGCAAGACGCUUGGACUCCGAGGACAUGAAUGUCCACGUUGCAAAACUGCAAAAAUUGUUCGCCGAUCGGAACGACGAGCUUGCCAAGCACAAGGAAAGUAUUCUGUCCGAAAGGAUCCUAAAUGGUCGUAUCCUGUCAACUCUUGGAAAAGAAUACAAUCACUUCAAAGAUUUGUGGGACACCAUACCGGAAAAACAGCAAACGGUGAAUUUGCUCAUCGAGAAGUUGUCCGGCAUGGAGCUGAGGGAUACAGGAUUGGAUUCCGUCGAGGCGUUCCAAACUGCGCUUGUCACGUCACGAGAGAAGGAGGAAAAAUUCGCAGCUCAGAAUGCGUCUCGGCCGAAGAAGACGUCGAAGUCAAAUGAUAAAGAAAAGUCGAAUGGGAAGGACAAGGAGAGGCUCAAGUUGAAAUUUCCAUGCCGACGAUGUAAAAAGUUGGGCCACUGGGCAGCCGAAUGUCCAGAGGAUCCAAAGGUGGAUACUUCAACCUCGCUCCUAGUGCUGCCAUGUGUGAAGGCCGUGGUGGAUGGUAUCAAAGCAGAUCGCUGGUACUGUGAUAGUGGCGCUUCAAGGCACUUGACUUGGAAUCGGAGGUUCUUCUUGUCGUACACUGAGUUCGCACAACCACAGAGAAUUUCUCUCGGGAAGAAAGAUGUGUCGAUGCUCGCGCACGGGGAGGGAUUCGUGGAGGUGAUAUUCGACAAUCAGGAUAACGAUGUCGUGGCUACCCUGAAUAAUGUCCUCUUCGUUCCCGACGCAACCGCCCAUCUUCUGUCUGUCCGCGCGGCAGGGGAAAGAGGAAUGGUUACGGUUAUCGACAAGGAAAGCGUUAGCAUUCGGAAGAAGUGCGACACGCUCGACGCGAGCGGAAAACUAUCUGGAGGUCUGUAUGAAAUGGACCUGUCUGUGGUAGAGCCGAAGGUCGCUCAUCGGGCCAUGAUUUCGGGGGAAACGCUGAGCCUGCAAACUUAUCAUGAAAGGUUUGCGCAUCAGAAUAAGCGUCAUGUCAAGGAGAUCCUAAGACGCAUGAACCUGAGCGUUCCUGAUGAUGGAAAUUAG